AUGGAUAAAUCGUCGAGACGCGAAAGAGACGCCGAUGGAGUGGCCAAGGGUUGGGCCAUGUCCAAGCCGCACAGGGUGUCCAACGCUCGCUUCGUUCGAACGUUGCUCAAGUACUCCAAGUUGUACUGCAGGUACACCAAGUUGGCCGGGUUCAGGUACUUCGUGGAACCGGAAGCGACGUGGUUCGACAGGACGCUAUGGUUCCUGGUGUACGCGGUCACGGUGCCAGCGAUGGUGUACACGAUUUAUUACGGCUAUCUGGAAUUCAUGGAGAAUCCCAUAUUCACGAGCGUGGAAACGGAAUACUUCCCCACGUACCAAUUAGAUUUCCCAGGCAUCGCCAUUUGCAGCAUCAACCGAAUAAGUCGACGGGCCGCAGUGGAAUUGGCGAACGAAGUCUUCGCGGCGAAUAUCACCGACCUAUCCAUCGACGACAUCCUCAGCAUGAUCUCGCAACUGGGCGAUCUUUACGACUCCGAGUUCAUUCAGCAGAAACGCUUCCAUCGGAUCGACCAGCUCCUGACAGUGUAUUACAAUGGCUACUACAGCAUCACCGACCUGAUGAAACGACUGACUCCGCGAUGUUCCUCCAUGCUGUUGAAGUGUCGGUUUCACAACGAGAAGAGGAACUGUUCCGAUAUAUUCGCCUUCCGUAAGACGCAGGACGGCUUCUGUUGCACCUUCAAUUACGCUACCAAAGGAGACGACACGCUCUUGGACAACGGGGUCAAUCACCGGCUGGAUUCGAUGAAGGUGAAUAAUCUGACCGAGGACGGUGGACUGUCGGUACUGCUGGAACCGUUUCUGGACGAUUACUUCUACCCUAUUUUCCCCAGCCCGGGUUGGAAGGUGACGAUCUUCAAUCCGUACGACUACCCGGACAUGGCCAGUGGGGGUGUGAUCGACUUUCUAGUCUCGCCAAGGGAGCACCGGAGGGUAGAAAUCGAGGCGAUCAUGUUCAACAGUACAAAGAGUAUUACGGCGUAUCCUCUGGAGAAACGAGGAUGCGUGUUCGAGGAUGAAAUGACCUCUCUUCGUAUGUUUUACACUUACAGCGACUGCAUCGUCGACUGCAAGACUGCGGAUAUAUGGAAGUCCUGUGGUUGCGUACCUUUCUUCCUGCCUAAUCGAAGGCCUGCUAGUGGACCUAUGGGGGGACCUUUCCCUCACGGUAGCUGUAGUCAGUUGUUGUUGCUCAAGUAUUCUCAGUGUUGCGGUAGCGAUAGAAGGGGUGAAAGGGAAAGGAAGGGAUGCGUUUUGUUCUGGGACCUGCUAAUCAACUCAUCGGUAAGGCUACCUAGCAUACCCUUGUAUAUAGAAAAGUCUGUAAUUUGUAUAUAUGAGAAUCGAAGGAUUCAAGGCACUUGCGAGAAAUUCUGUCCUCUUAGAUUCCCUCUGGUGGUGGGUGUAUGA